GUUGCCGUGGCGACGAUGGCCGGGCUGGGGCGGGGGAGCCGGGGCCGGGGCCGGGGCCGGGGCCGGGGCCCGCUGCAGCGCGUGCAGCGCCGGAGCCGCGAGCUGCGGGAGCAGGUGGACGCGUUGCUGGCAGAGAGCAGGCAGCGCGGGGCCCUCGGCCCCGGGGACAGCAGGGGACUGUACCCGAGAUGUGUGGAACUGAAGAAACUGGUGGAUGAAAAUAUGCAUACCCUUAAAAACUUGGAAAAAGCUGAUGAACCUGCCCCUGUAGGAAAUUAUAAUCAGAGGAAAGAAGAGGAAGAAAAAGAAUUAUUAAAACUCACUCAACAGCUGCAGAAACUUGCUGCAGUCUUCAGUCAUGAAAGUGUAUCUAAGGAUUACACUAUCGAUAGAGAAUGUCAAAGCGGUCAUCACAUAGAACAGGAAAAUGAGGAAGAGGAUGAGGAUGAUGAAGUAGAAAGUAGUGAGGAGGAAGAUGAGGUGGAAGAUGAUGAAUUGGAAAAUCAGCCAACUAUUAAAGAAUGUAUCACUGUUGGUGAUUUUGAUGCUCAACAGGAAGGAGAUCUCUCAUUUAAGAAAGGUGAAGUUUUGCUCAUCCUUGACAAAAAGCCUGAUGGUUGGUGGAUGGCAGAAAAUUCCAAAGGAGAGAGAGGCCUUGUUCCUAAAACCUAUCUCGCUGUCUACAAGAAAGAGGGACUAGAGCAAGAGCCAAGUGAAGAGGAAACUGACGAUGACAUCGAGGUAGUAGAUGAAACAGCAGAUGGAACCAAAAUUAAAGAAAGAACUGAUUCUCACUGGAGUGCUCUUAGGAAAGCUAUCAGAGAGAAUGAUGCCAUUGAUGUAUUGGCAACCAUGGGGGCUGUUCCUUCAGGGUUCCGGCCAUCAACACUAUCCCAGUUGUUUGAAGAAGGGAAUCAGUUUCGAGCCAGUUACUUCCUACAGCCUGAACUUACUACUUCCCAACUGGCUUUCAAAGACUUAGUGUGGAACCCUGAAAAAGGCUCAAUUCAACCAAGACCAACUCGAAUAUCGCUGAUUAUAACUUUAUGGAGCUGUAAAAUGAUUCCUCUUCCUGGAGUGAGCAUACAGGUUCUCAGUAGACAUGUCCGACUCUGUCUUUUUGAUGGUAAUAGGGUACUGAGUAACAUUCAUACAGUUAGAGCUAUGUGGCAACCUAAAAAUCCAAAGUCAUGGACUUUUUCCCCACGGGUAACAGGCAUUUUACCCAGUUUGCUUGAUGGCGACUGUUUCAUCAGGUCCAACUCUCCAUCUCCAGACAUUGGUAUAUUAUUUGAACUUGGCAUCACUUAUAUACGCAAUUCAACUGGUGAGAGAGGAGAGUUAAGCUGUGGUUGGGCAUUUUUAAAACUACUUGACUCGAGUGGAAUUCCAGUUUCUUCCAAAACUUUUGAGCUACUUUUGAAUGGUGGUACUCCCUAUGAGAGAGGUGUUGAGGUGGACCCGUCCAUAUCAAGAAGAGCAAGUGAUAGUAUAUUUCAUCAGAUGAUAACACUGAAGAAACAGCCUCAACUUUUUGUGAAACUGCGGUCACUAAGCACACAAUCUAAAGAUAUCCUCAAUCUGCUACCAGAAACAUUGAUUGGCAGCAUGUGCUACAUUCACCUCCUGAUACUUUAUCGACAAAUUCUUGGUGAUGUGCUCCUGAAAGACAGAAUAAGCGCACAGAGUGCUGAUUUAAUUAGUAAUCCUAUUUUAGCAACUUUUCCCAAGCUUAUGGAGCAGCCUGAUCUUAUGGAUGCAUUUAGGAGCGCUUGGGCAGAAAAAGAGAGCACAUUAAAGAGAUCAGAGAAGAGAGAUCAAGAAUUUUUGAAGACCGUAUUUACCCUGGUGUACCAUGACUCUGUCUUCCCUCUUCUCCAGUCUACUUUCCUCCCAAAACAUAAAUGGGCAGAUGAAGAGUCAGAAGCCUCUCGCUGGAAAGUGAUUGCUGACUUUUUGAAGCAGACCCGCGAAAAUGAUGGUGCGCUCUACUCUCUGCUGUCCUCAGAAACUGUUCACAAAGUUUUUGAUAUUUCAGAGGUAGCAUAUGAUUUUCUAGGAGAGGCAAGGAAAAGUAGUGUAUCAGCAUGAAUGGAUAUUAAGACAGUAAUAGAGUGUGGCAUAUGCAAAAUAUAUUAAAGGAAUGACCUAUCUAAUCAAAAUAAAAGGGUUUUAUAGUUUAUACAAAGCAUAUUUUGUAAGUAAAUUGUAUUAGAUUAUCUGGACAUAUAAUGACUUUUUUUACAAAGCAUAUACCAAUAGAUUAGAAUAAAGUGUUUUAUCUAUUUAA